AUGUUAAAAAGUUAAUCAACAGAACUAUUUGUCAGCCCUGAAGAAUUACAAAGAAUCACAUUCUUUGCCACUCAAAAUCAAAGAAACAGUCAUAAACCAAACAUUCCAAGUGCUAAAUAAGAGGAAUAUACUUUUAAGCCUUCGGUAAGAAAUAAUAAGAUAAUUAAUUUUAGAUCAAUAAGAAAUCUGUUAACAUUUAAAGAACAGUUGAUGAUCUAUUAAGAUGGAAUGAAAGAAAAUCAUAAAGAUUAUAACAAUGCUAUGAGGAUGCUGUAAAUGUGAAUUUUCAAUUAGAUAGACAUAAGAAUUAUAAUAAAAUGCGAACCGCUUAACACAUGAAGUUGAUACCAAUUAACCAAGUGUUUUUGAGAGAUUGUAUGUAGUAAGAAAGAGCAAUGAAACUAUUUAAUGUAAAUAUUCUUUUACAAUUUCAUUUAUAAUUAGAAACCACAAAGCGUAAUACAUCUGAUUCACAUCCCUAUUUUACUAAAAAUAUGUCAAAUACAUUAUACUCAGAAUACAAAAAGUAAAUUAGUGGUACUCCAGAAUAAUAAGAAAGUGAAUAUUAAUAAGUUUAAGAAUAAGAAGAACCGACUACUUAAAAAGUAUGUCUACCCAAUAGAUUUUAUUUUGAUCAAUCUGAAUAGUAACAAAAUACUGAACCUGAAGUAUGAUAAUUCAUAUUACUAUAUAGCCAAAAGUCACAAUACCAUAACAUAUGUUUGUUGAUUUUAGAUAACAAAUAAAAUAGAUUAAUGAGGAACCAGAACCAGUUCCUUCCAAGAAACCUUUACAAAAGAAAGAGAUAGAUCUGAUGGUAGAGAGGUAAAGUAUAUUAAAUAUUCAUAACUAGAAUGAAUAAUUGGCUUCAAAAAAGAAAUUAUAAAAUUUAAGAAUAAUAGGAUAGACAAAUGUAAAAUGAAUCCAACGAAUGUACUUUCUAUCCAAAACUUAGCAGCAUUAAAUAACCUAAGGUAUAACAAUCAAUUCAAAAUUCAUAAAGAGUUUCAUAACAAUCCUCAUAUUCCAAUUUAUUUAGAAGCAAAAACAAUUGA